AUGGAGGUCAGUCCUCUGCAUAAUCGAUGCAUUUGGUCGUCGCCAGUUCGUUCUUCGUCCUCGCACCGCCCUCUCCUCGUUUCACUUUCAGCUCGGAAGAGCAAGAGCCCCGGGCUUGUACCUUCGUUUAGAUCGACUCGCCGAAGAAAUUUGUGCUCGGCUUCGAGCUCGGAGACCUUGAUUGGGUCGCGUAAAGAGGACGGCAAGCACAGUCAGGUUGUCAGCAAGAAAGAAGAGGAGGAAGACUUGAAAUCUUGGAUGCACAAGAAUGGGCUACCUCCUUGCAAAGUCGUGCUCAAAGAAAAGCCUUCGCAUAAUGAGAAACACAGGCCCAUUCAUUACGUAGCUGCCAGUGAAGAUCUUCAGGUUGGCGAUGUUGCAUUUUCCGUGCCGGAUUCCUUGGUCGUAACGCUUAAGAGAGUGUUAGGAAACGAAACAAUUGCGGAAUUAUUAACUACAAACAAAUUAUCGGAAUUGGCAUGCUUGGCAUUGUAUCUGAUGUAUGAGAAGAAACAAGGAAAGAAUUCUUUUUGGUAUCCAUAUAUAAGAGAGCUUGAUCGUCAGCGAGGGAGGGGUCAGUUAGCAGUGGAAUCUCCCCUUUUGUGGUCAGAAGCUGAACUGGCUUAUCUUACAGGCAGCCCCACAAAGGCUGAAGUUCAUGAAAGGGCUGAAGGAAUUAAAAGGGAAUAUAAUGAACUUGACACUGUCUGGUUUAUGGCUGGGUCCCUAUUUCAGCAAUAUCCAUAUGAUAGUCCUACCGAGGCCUUCCCAUUUGAGAUAUUCAAACAAGCUUUUGUUGCAGUUCAGUCAUGCGUAGUACAUUUACAGAAAGUUAGCUUGGCUCAGAGAUUUGCUUUGGUUCCUCUUGGGCCCCCAUUGUUAGCCUACAGAAGCAACUGCAAGGCAAUGUUGACGGCUACUGAUGGUGCUGUUCAGCUAGUGGUUGAUCGGCCAUAUAAGGCAGGGGAAUCUAUAUGUGUUUGGUGUGGACCACAGCCUAAUUCAAAAUUGCUUAUAAACUAUGGUUUUGUUGAUGAAGAUAAUUCUUAUGACCGUUUGGUGGUUGAGGCAUCUUUGAAUACAGAGGAUCCUCAAUAUCAAGAUAAAAGAAUGGUUGCUCAAAGAAAUGGAAAAUUAUCAGUGCAAGCUUUUCAGGUAAAUGUGGGAAAGGAAAAAGAAACGGUCUUUGAUAUGCUUCCAUAUCUGCGACUGGGCUAUGUUUCAGAUCCUUCAGAGAUGCAGUCUGUAAUCUCUUCUCAAGGCCCAAUUUGUCCGGUGAGUCCUUGUAUGGAACGAGCAGUGUUGGACCAACUUGCUGAUUAUUUUAGAACACGGCUGGCUGGCUAUCCAACUACAUUGAGUGAAGAUGAGUCUUUGUUGGCAGAUGCAAAUUUGAAUCCAAAGAAGCGAGUUGCUACACAGCUUAUUAGGUUAGAAAAGAAAAUGCUCCAUGUAUGUCUGAAGGUGGCAGUUGAUCUGAUAAACCAGUUACCAGAUCACACUGUAUCUCCAUGCCCAGCCCCUUAUGCCCCUUCGUUGAAAUAA